CUAGAUUGUAGUGAAUACCAUGCCUCAGAUUGACAUGAAUGAUGUGGGCAAAAGAAGAGGAUCCCGUUGGUACACCAGUAGAGCUUGUGGUCUGGUCCAACACACGGCCUUGGUUAAUGGAAUCCUUCAUUACGAAGACUGUCCGGCUGUUUGCAAUGGAAUCUGCAAGAACACAGCAGCUGGCACACCGAUCACCAGCAAACCAUAUGACAUGGUCAAUGGUUAUGUUCCUGCAUUCAGAAAGAUUACAAAAGUGCCACCCAUAAAGACUCACCCCGAUGGAAGAGGCACAGUCUCUCCUGUUAGUAAGGCCUCAUCAGCUAAAUGGGUUUGUGCAGGUAUUUCAGGUGUGUUAAUGAACAGGGCCACCAGUGUCAACUUGGUUUCUCUGGCCAAUGGUUCUUAUGAAGUGCCACCAGAGAUCAGCCUAUCACCAGUAAAACGGCACAAGAAGAGGAAGAAAUGCAGACGUAAGAAUAGUCGCACUGAAGUGGCCUGUCCAACAUCCGUGCAUUCUUUGAUGCUAUCUGAAGAGCAGGAAGACUGGGACAGUGAGAUCCAAGAGGUCCCACUCACAGACAGAGGAAAAAUAUGUUUGGGGAUCAAGCCAUAUGAUGCAGAAGAUGUGAUCAGUUCUGCUUUGCGGGGGUUGAACCUCAACCAAAAGGACUCUGCUGAUGUGCCAGUGACAGCCAGGUACAUUCCAGCCGUACACCACCCAUGCCCUAUCAGGUUGUCUUGCUACAGCACUCCCACUGAACCAGGCCAGUUUGCUGAUGCUGACGAGUAAGCCAGGCAUAUGUAAAUGUGUUGGAGAAAUGUUGGAAAAUAGUUCAAGUUAAUUAUGGAGUUCGUUGAGUUUGGCCAUUAUGGAGUUUCUGUAGUCAUGGAAAAAAUGAAGGAUUCUCGAUUGAUACACCAAUGCUUCAGACAUACACGAUCAGCUUAUCUUUUUAUUUAUUUAUUUAUUUUUUUGAAAGCAUUAGUGAGAAAUAUUACUUAUUUUAUAUUAGUAUUGUAAAGUUAAACUCACUUUUCAUACAAUAAAUCAAAUAAUCAAGAUGUUUUUUUUAA